AUGGCGUCGAAAACUCUUGCAGGGAUCAAACGAAAAGACCUCCUGCGAGACAAGGCCUUUAUUGACGAUGUCUGGGUCGACGCCUUAUCGGGCAAGACCUUUGACGUGGUCGACCCGGCGACGCUGGAGAAACUGGCCACGCUGCCCGAAAUGGGCGCCGCGGACGUGAACAGGGCCGUCGAGUCGGCGGACCGGGCGUUUUCCACGUACAGGCAGACGACGGCGCGUCAACGAGCCCGCUGGCUCCGGCGAUGGAACGAUCUCAUCCUCGAAAACGCCGACGACUUGGCGCUCCUGACCACGGCGGAGAAUGGCAAGACCUUGGCCGAGGCGAGUGCCGAAGUCGUCUACGGUGCCUCUUUCCUCGAGUGGUACGCCGGCGAGGCUGAGCGGACGCACGGUGAGACUAUCCCUUCGGCGAACCUGGCGCAGAGAAUCAUCACCAUCAAGCAGCCCAUCGGCGUGGCGACGUGUCUCGUCCCGUGGAAUCUGCCCAUUGCAAUGAUCACCCGGAAGGUCGGGGCGGCUCUGGCCGCGGGGUGCACCACGGUAUGGAAGCCUGCGGGCGAAACACCGCUUUCGUCACUUGCAUUGGCAAUCCUAGCCAGAGAGGCUGGCUUUCCAGCCGGGAGCAUCAACGUGAUUACCACCCUACAUCGCGUUGCCGAGGUGGGCGAAGCGCUCUGUACCAACAAGCUGGUGCGGAAGCUGAGCUUCACGGGAAGCACCCGGAUCGGGAAGCUGCUGGCUCGACAGUGCAGCGAGAACCUGACGAAGCUCUCUCUCGAAUUGGGCGGCAACAGCCCCUUUCUGGUGUUUGACGAUGCCGACGUCGGCAAGGCCGUCAAGGCUUGUCUCCUGGCCAAGUUCCGCAACGCGGGCCAGACCUGCGUCACGGCGAACAGGAUCCUAGUCCAAGCGGGGAUCUACGAGGCCUUUGUGUCGACUUUGAUUGAAAAGGUCAAAGCCCUCAAGGUGGGCCAUGGCAUGGAGGACGGUGUCGACAUCGGUGCGUUGACGCACGAGCGCGCGGUAGAGAAGGCGAUGAGGCACAUCAAAAGCGCAGUCGAGCUCGGCGGCCAAGUCGCUCUCGGCGGCGGACCGCUCGAGUCCAAGAACGGCUACUUCAUCCAACCGACCGUCAUCACAAAUAUGUCUCACAGCUCCAUCACCUGGAAGGAGGAGACGUUUGCGCCCGUCCUCGGCGUGUUCAAGUUCGAGACGGAAGAGGAGGGAAUAGCCCUCGCCAACGACUGCGACGUCGGGCUGGGCAGUUUUAUCUGCACCUCGAGCAUUGCGCGGAGCUGGCGUGUGGCGGAGGCCCUCCAGGUGGGCAUGGUGGGCAUCAAUCUGGGAUUGCUCAGCGCGGCGGAGAAUCCUUUCGGUGGCGUCAAGGAGAGUGGGUACGGGAAGGAAGGUGGCCGCCAGGGCAUCGACGAGUACAUGCACCAGAAGUCCAUCUUUAUCGAUGUCACCGAAUGA